AUGCCGCAAUUUGAUGAAUCUUUCUUAAGCGACUGCGCGCUAGCCGAACGCUGGCAUUUCUAUUCGUAUAAUGUACAGCAACAACAAGCGAACGAUGAGCAGCAGCAGCAGCAGCAACAUGUGGCUGAUGAGCAGCAAUCAUCAUUAUGGUUGCCGCUAGAUAACAACAACAACAGCAGCAACAACAACAACAACAACAAAUACACGCUGCAUAACAUGAAAUUCCAGCGUCGUUGUAAAUAUAAAAAAUUGCCACGUUUGGCAUUAUCAACCACAUCGCUGUCAACGCCUUUGUCGACGCACGCGGCGGUCAAGAAUGUGGUGCGCUACGGCAGCAUCAGUUCUCCAUCCACGCCGAGCAAUUGCUCAGCGGUUGGCGUUGGCGGUGGCUGCAACAGCAGCAGCAACAACAGCAUCAAUAGCAGCAUCUACGCCGGUCACAGCAGCAGCUCCGGCUCCACUCCGCCGCCGCCACAAGCAGCAACAACACCGCAGCAGCAGCAGCAACAAUACAACACACGACUUGGAGCAGCAGCUGGAGCAGGAACUGGCGUUGGUGUUGCCGCAGUUGUGCCGCCAGCACCUCCAACUAGUGGCGGCGCCACUGGCUCAUCGGGGCAUAAGAACAGCCUGAAGGGCACCAAAUUGGCGCGACGUGCACGCAGCUUCAAGGACGAUCUAAUUGAGAAAAUCUCACUGAUGCGCACCACCAACAACACGCUGGGGCGCUCCCAUUCCCCGCACAGUCCGCGCAGCAAUAAGCACGGCCACAAGCCGCCGCCAAGCAAUGAGGAAGUGCAGCGCUCCACGCAAACGCUCGAGACGCAUGUCAAGGACAUAUCGAAUGCUCUCAAGCAUUUCCGCGAUGUCAUACUCAAGAAGAAGCUCGAAGUGCUGCCAGGCAACGGCACCGUCAUUCUGGAGACCAUUGCCAGCAUGUACUCGGUCAUACAGUCGUAUACGCUAAACGAGAACAGUGCCAUAAUGAGCUGCGCCACACAGCAAGUGUAUCAGUCGCUGGGCAAGCUCAUCAAACUCUGCGACGAGGUCAUGCUGAGCGAGAAGAGCGGCGAAUGCGCCUCGCUCAGCAACGAGAAUGUGCGUGAGGUUAUCGAUCUGCUCGAGGAUGCAGUGCGCAACUUGGUUACCUUGGCGCAGGGCAAGCUCAAGGAGCAGGAUCAGUCGGCGUUUCGCUAUAGCGCUGGCGGUCUCUGCGGCAUUGGCGCUGCCGCCGACAUAAUGGGCGCCGUAACUGUUGCCACUGUAGCGGGCAGUCCAGCUGGGGGCACUGUGGCCGCAGCAGCAGCAGCGCUGGUGGCGCAACGCACUUCGCUGCCGGACAUAGCGCUGACGCCCAAGGAGCGCGACAUACUGAUGGGGCAAGGGAACGAUAGUCACCCCAUACGCGGCUCACAUAGCACGGAGAGCAUUUUGCGGGACACCAGUCCGCCGCCAAAGCCGCCGCUGCCGAAUCGCGCCAGCAAUCCGCCGCCGUUGCCGCCCAAGCGUCGCAGUCAGCCAACGGCAACGCCAGCGGCACAGUCAGCGCAAUUUGCAGCCAUCGCUGCCAACCAGAGCGUCGUUGCAUUUCCCUAUGCGCAAUCGCAUAACAUAAGCAUCAACUCGGAUCUGGACUGCAGCUCGAAUACAUCGCUGCUUAACUAUGGCGUAGAUCGUCUCUCGGUGCGUUCGCGUUCGCCGGAUGAAAACAGUCAAUGCUCAUUCGAUUCGGCUUUGAAUCAUUCACGCGAUGAGGAGGAGCAGCCGACGCAGCUGCAGCUGCAGCCGCCGCCACCUAAGAAGCCCAUAAUGCUGCGCAAGCAGCUGGACGAGGAUUUGGACAAGCUCAUCAGCUACAGUUUCGUCUCAAUGACUUCGUUUCGCACCUCAACGCAAAGCGUAUCGAAGCGUUCAUCGGAGCACAGUGUGCAAUCCUCAACCAAAUCCUCCAGCAGCAACUCGGAGCUUGCCUUUGGCAUAAGCGAGACAACAGUAACAGCAACAGCAACAGCAACAAGCAAAUGCAGCAGCAGCAGCAGCGACUAUCAGCAGCGACAACAAACUACAACAACAACAACAACAAGCACAGCAAGUGAAUCACAUGCAAAGCAGCUGACAACAGAACUGGCGCCUGCUUUGCCACCAAAGACGCAACAGCAGCAACGCGCUGCCCGACUGGGACUCGAUCUGGAUGAGCUAGACGACAGCAGCUUUGAGCUCGCUGAGCUGCGGCAGCAGCAACAUAUGUCGAGCCAGCAGCUGCAUCAGUGGCAAUCGAAGCAUCAUAGCCUCAUUGAGCCGCCGCGUAGCGCGCGCCUGCCCAGCAGCUGCAGCAGCGCAUUUGAGCGGCAUUUGACCGACAAGCCGCCGCCGCUGCCAAUGAAGAAGAAGCACAUCUUGGCUUAUAUGGAGAUCUGCUCAGCAAAUUCGCAUUCGGUGGAGCAACAUCGACAUACGAUGCACGCCUACAACAUAAGCCGCAAUAUGUCGCAUAGUCAGACGAUGAACAUUAUGAGUGUCAGCAAGCAGCUGUCGCCGGAGCUGGAGACGCCGCCAGCGUUGCCGCCAAAGAAUUACAAACAGCGCAAGCCAUCGACAGCAGGAGCGGGAGCAGGAGCAACACCACCAGCUAGUCCCAAGUCAAUGUUGGGCGAUGUGGAGCUUAGACAGCAUCGCAUGCAAACUGUAAGCGAGGAGCUGAGCGAUGCGCAGACGAGCAGCGAGCAGCAAGGCGCAAGUGCGACGGAGGAAGCUGCAAGCGGCGGCGGCGCCACUGGCAAUGGCAAUGUAUUCUUUUGUCAUGAGCUGCCCAGCGACAAUGCCAAACCGGCUAGCUCGCCCAAGCUGUUGCUGGAGUGCGCAAAUGUGGAGCAGCAAGCGGCAGAGGCAGCGCCACUGCUGGAGCAAGAGGAGGAGGAGCAGCGCAUGCUGCAGCAGCUGCAACUGCUAGACGACGAUGAAGAGUUGGAGGAGGAGGAGGAGGAGGAGCAAGAGGAGCCUGCAAAUCAGCUGCCAAAUAUGCUGGAAGAGAUUGACAUAACGCCAUAUUUAAUACUCAAGAAGCGCGAAGAAGAUGGACCCGAGGUCAAAGGCGGCUAUAUCGAUGCAUUAAUUGUGCACGCAAGUCGUGUGCAAAAGGUCGCCGACAAUGCAUUCAGCGAGGCGUUCAUCACCACCUUUCGCACCUUCAUACAGCCCAUCGAUGUGAUCGAGAAGCUGACCCAUCGCUAUACAUACUUCUUCUGUCAGGUGCACGAUCAGAAGCAGAAGGCAGCCAAGGAGACCUUCUCGCUGCUGGUGCGCGUGGUCAACGACUUAACCUCAACGGAUUUAACCAAUCAGCUGCUCAGCCUGCUGGUCGAAUUUGUCUAUCAGCUUGUGUGUUCGGGCCAAUUGUAUUUGGCCAAGCUGCUGCGCAACAAGUUUGUGGAAAAGGUUACGCUCUUUAAGGAUCAGCGCAGCUGCGCCUACAUGCCCGAGUUGGGCCCCAGCAGCAGCAGCACAGGAACUGCUCAGCUUAGUCUGCUCGAUCUUAAGUCAUUGGAAAUUGCUGAGCAAAUGACGCUGCUGGAUGCGGAGCUGUUUAUGAAAAUUGAAAUACCCGAAGUAUUAUUAUUUGCCAAAGAUCAGUGCGAGGAGAAGUCACCCAAUCUCAACAAGUUCACCGAGCACUUUAACAAAAUGAGCUUUUGGGCGCGCUCGAAGAUUCUGCGUCUGCACGACACCAAGGAGCGUGAAAAGCAUGUGAAUAAGUUUAUUAAAAUAAUGAAACACUUGCGCAAAAUGAACAACUACAAUAGCUACUUGGCGCUGCUCUCCGCGCUGGACUCGGGACCCAUACGCAGAUUGGAAUGGCAAAAGGGCACUACGGAGGAGGUGCGCGGCUUUUGUGCGCUUAUUGAUUCCAGCUCCAGCUUUCGUGCUUAUCGCCAGGCGCUGGCCGAAACCAAUCCGCCCUGUAUACCCUACAUCGGUCUUGUGCUGCAAGAUUUGACAUUCGUGCAUGUGGGCAAUCAGGAUUAUGUGUCCAAGGGCGUCAUCAAUUUCUCAAAGCGCUGGCAGCAAUACAACAUCAUAGUGAAUAUGAAACGUUUUAAGAAAUGCGCUUAUCCAUUUCGACGCAACGAGCGCAUCAUUGGCUUCUUUGAUAACUUUAAGGAUUUCAUGGGCGAGGAGGAAAUGUGGCAAAUAUCGGAGCGCAUCAAGCCGCGUGGCAAGCGUCAGCCCAACUAUUAAACUACGUGCAACAACAACAACAACAACACUAUGUCUAUAUAUAGCGUUCUAUAUAGUCUGUAUAUAGCCAUAGCGCAGCAGUAUAUAUGUACCUUAAAAACAAAACUAUUUACGUAAUCAAGUAGUUCAAGUUUGUGCGAACUAUAUAUAUAUAUAUAUGUGAAACUACCUACCUAACGAACAUUAAGUAGUAGUUAAUGUAACGGUUUUACUUCCACUGUCUGCAAUAUAUAGAUUAGAUUAGAACAACAAACGCGCUAUACUUUCUCCCCAAAAUGUAAUGUAAUGUAAUGAAAAAACUGUAUUAACAACGAAUUUGCACAACGUUUAUGUUUAUUUUUAUGUUAUUUAUUAUAAAUGUAAAUCGAAUCCUGUGGGGAAAGCGUAUCAUAUAGCAUAUAUAGCCGUGUUUAUGUGUUUAAUCAUUAAGCGUUAAUGAACAAAAAGCAAAUUCUAACGUAUACAAUCAACUAGAGACACCAAAUCUAAGUAAAAAAAACAAAACAAUUGUAAACUAAUGUUACACUUCACACACAUACACACACACACCCCCCUCUCUCUAAAAGUCUGUCGAAUCUACAGUGAUUUUUUGCUUUUAAUCUUUUUCGUGUAAAUUGUUGUUGCUUCUCACUUACCAAUUACCAAUUACCAAUUUACUUUCGGGGCUCUCGGGUUGUGCCAGUCAGUCAGUCAAGCAAGCUAAGUUAUAUUGAAAUUAGUUUUUAUUGUAUAACAAUGCUAAAUGAAAAAAGAAAACUCUCCGUAAACCGCUAUUUUACCUCCGCCUCGCAUUCGAUAAAUGAACAACUUCUUAUGACUGUGUACGCACAACCUAGAGUUUACUAUAUGUAUAGGGAUUAUAGCCAUUAAACCAAAACCAAACCAAGCCAACAACAAUCAAGUGUUAUUUAAAAACAAACCCUAAUUAUAUUAAUGAUUGUAAGAGUUCUAAAUGAUUUGGCAUUCAGCAUACAACUCGAUUUAACGAAUCAACUUUUAAAGUUACAAAAAAAAAAAAUACAAAUUGCUUUUAUGCGUAU